AUGGUAUUAAAAUUUGAGCGAUAUAGAAUACAACGUGGAAAUUACAAUCAGUUAUCUUUGGAGCACACAAAUCGCUUCCAGCACUUAUUGGGGGGAGACAAGGCGCGCGUGUUAACGGAUCCGUACGACGUGCACCCUCACAAUGUGGACUGGCUCAAUAGUAUGCGGGGGCGUAGCAGUGUUGUAUUACAACCAAAAAGCACGCAAGAAGUAUCUGCCCUGUUGAAGUAUUGCAACGAGCAACGUCUUGCAGUUUGUCCACAAGGAGGUAACACUGGUCUAGUUGGUGGUUCAACUCCAGUGUUUGAUGAGGUCGUCAUUAGCACUUCGCUAAUGAACAAAAUAAUUAGCAUUGAUUCAGCAGCAGGCGUAUUGACUUGUCAAUCAGGAUGUGUACUAGAAACGCUUGAUAAAACGCUCGAGCAACACGGGCUCAUGAUGCCCCUCGACAUGGGCAGUAAGGGAUCCUGCAAUAUCGGCGGCAACGUUGCAACUAAUGCGGGAGGAUUGCGGUUACUACGAUAUGGAAGCCUCCAUAGCACUGUACUUGGACUCGAAGUGGUGCAAGCUAAUGGCGAUAUAUUAAAUUUGCUGUCGACAUUGAAAAAAGACAAUACUGGAUAUCAUUUGAAAAAUUUAUUCAUUGGAUCCGAAGGAACUAUCGGAAUGAUAACUGCUGUAGCUUUGCAGUGCCCCCCUUUUCCAAAAGCAGUCAAUUUGGCAUUUUUGGGACUGAAUAGUUUCGAGAAUGUUAUAGAAACAUUUCGACUUGCGAAAUCAAUGGUCAGCGAGGUGUUAUCCGCAGUGGAGAUGAUGGAUGCUUCAUCAGUUGAUGCCUGUCUAGAAAAGUUCGGCUACAAAAGGCCUAUCGGCAAUUAUCCAUUUUACAUGGUAAUUGAAACUCAAGGCAGUCAUAUGGAGCACGACGAAGAAAAGCUACAAUCCUUUUUGCAGAAGGCAAUGAAUGAAAGUGUGGUAGAAGAUGGAGUUGUGGCAUCGGAGCCGAGCAAAAUCAGGCAAUUAUGGGAAAUAAGAGAAAAUAUUCCAGUGGCAAUACCAAAAUUGGGAUACACCCUAAAAUAUGAUGUCUCACUGCCUCUGAAAUAUUUCUACUCAGUGGUGCCGGAGAUACAAAACCGUAUUGGAAGUGAAGGCCAUGCGUUUGGUUACGGGCAUGUCGGUGAUGGCAAUAUACACUUGAACAUAGUGCUUCCAAAAUUUAAUCAAGAAGUUGUGGACAAGAUAGAGCCCUAUGUUUAUGAGUUUGUAUCAAAAUACAAAGGCAGUAUUAGUGCUGAGCAUGGUAUUGGAUUUCGAAAAAGAGAAUAUAUUCACUACAGCAAGGAUGAAGUUUCCUUGAACCUCAUGAAACAAAUAAAAAAUAUGAUGGAUCCAAAUAAUAUCAUGAAUCCAUACAAAGUUUUGUAA